UCAGUGUCUGAUGCCGAAUUUCCCCACGGAUCAUUAUCACUCAAUUCUGCAAGUGGUUCUGAUUUACUAUCGCUGUUCUCUAGCUGGUCUAAAACCGCUUUUGACCUAAAGCGAUGCUUUUUGGACGCCAUGGACUUUUCUAGGCAGAAAGAACAGUUAAAAUGCAGGCAGGGCACAGGACAAAGCACUAGGGACAAAAUGUAUGUGAAAUGCUUUGAAACAGUAAUGUUUUACUAUGUCAUAUUUGUUUAUUAGAAAAUGACAGUUUCUAAAAUUUUUAAAUUUGCCGCCGGUUCCGGCCCCCGUACGCCGUACGUCUCGGACCGGAACACGGAAGCCGGAUGCCAGCAUCUGCCGGAGAAGAUGGCCGGGGACGCUGCAGGGGACACA